CUGUUUUGGGAGUUUUCCUUCCGGCCGCUCGCGGCAGGUAUUCCUUCUCCCGCGAAUGCAAACGGUCGAAUUUCUCCUCCUUAUUAACAAUAGAAAUUAUCAGAUUUUAAAUCGUGUAAAAGAAGAGAUUUUGUCGGCGUGAUGUUCCCUCAACAACAGCAGCAGCAACACUUCCAACAGCAGCUGCUUCAGCUCCAGCAGCUAAUUCACCAGCAGCGGCAGCAGCACCGCCAUCCACAUCCACAUCCACACCCGCACCCGGGAGGCUCUAACCGAGCCAUGCAACAGCACCAGCAUCAACACCACCACCCUCAGCAGCAGCAUCAGCCGCCACAACAGCAGCAGCAACAGCCGCAACAACUAAAUCUACGUCCAACCAGCCAGCCAUCACUCCUUAACCCGAAUCCCAUGCUGCAGCGUGCCCUGAUAAUGCAGCAGAUGCAAGGUAGCCUUCAUGGUUACAGCAUGACUGCCCCAGGUCUUCAGCCAUUUUUCUCUCCAGGAUCCAGAGCAUCAAUUCUGGGCACCCCUCCCCUUGGCAUCCAGCUACAGACACCUCGCAUCAGAUUUGGGAACCAAAUGUUCCAGCAACAUCACCGAAGAUUUAACAAAGAUUUUAAAAGAAUGCAUGAUAUGAGAAGGGACCGAUAUCCACCACGACAGCCAUUCCGAGCAACAAUGGAUGACAAACGUGAUACUAGUAAAAUCAAUGAAGAGCAGACAGCAAAGGAAUCAACAGGCAAUAAACUUGCUGAUUCAAAAGAUGCAACUGGCUUAAAGACUGAAGACUCUUCACAAACUGAUGAACCAGAUGUGAAAAGGAGAAGACUUGAGAGUGAAAAUGAUGAUGAUCUCCUUAAACAUUCUGGUGCUGGGGAGUCAGCACUAACCAAGAGCAAAUUGGAAGGAGAAGACAUAGAAAAAGAAACCAGUGAAUGUGAAGGUAGUGGAGCACAGCAGAAUUUGGAGCACAGUGCAGCUAACACAGAGAUGCUGAGCACCAUGAGUACAUUGAAAGUGACAAUUCAGCAGAGCAGUGAGAGUCGGGCAAUCAGUACGUCAGCACCAGAUUCCGGGACCAGGGAUGAUGAGGACUCGACUGAGGAGAUGGAUUCUGUACCUACCAAAUUCAUUUGUUAUAUCUGCAAUGCUAACUGUUACAAUCAGAAGAAUUUUCAAAAACACAUGAAUGGAACUCGUCAUCAUCAGCGACUCCUGGAGAUUCAGCAAAUGAGUAAUGCUUGUCUGGCCACAAUGAUUCCCAAAUCUGAUGGAAUUGGAAGAGGCAGGGAAAGUGACAAGAAACGGCCCAGAUGGUGCAGCACCUGUCAGGCCCAUUUCAGAGGGAAUGUCAUAGAGCAUCGUCGGACCCAGAGACACAAGCUUGCUAAGUACUCGCUGCGGCCUUUCUGCACUGUCUGCAGCCGACACUUCAAAACCCCCCGCAAGUUUGUGGAGCACAUGAAGUCGCCAGAGCACAAGCAGAAAGUGGAAGAGGUUAAGCAGCAGCGUAGCUCCCAGGAUAAAGACCAGGCUGGACAAGAUGAUCCAGAGGACCUUAUCACUGUUGAUGCAGUUGGUUGCUUUGAUGAAGAUGACGAAGAAGGGAUGACUGAAGAGGAUGAUGAUGAUAGCGUUUCUGAUUGUUUAAGUGAUAGGGAUUCUCAGGCAUUGCUGUCAGAGUUUGAGAAGGAGCCAUAUGAUGCUGAGGCUGUGUAUGGCCAGGAAUUUGUGGUCCCUGUGACCGGUUUCCUCUGCAAGCUGUGUCACAAAUUCUACCAUUCUGAGUCCACUGCCAGAUUUACCCACUGCAAGUCACUGAUGCAUUUUCAGAACCUUCAGGGUUACAAAGCACAAAGAGCCCAAGACUGUUUAUCAGCCUCUGCUCAAGACCCAGCUCCAUCUGGGGUGAGCAGCGUUGGUUCAACAGAUGAUCACAAACCAGCAGGUCAGAAAGAGAUGAACACUGACGAAACAUCGACCGAAGCUGCUGCCAGCAAGCCUGAGAUGGAGGAAGCGAGUUCUAAUUCUGAGAUCCAGGCUCCUGUUCUGUUGGGUGUUGAUGAUGCCAUUCCCAGUGUGGGCCAGGACAGUGCUUCCCCUUCUCAGAGUCUCCAGCUCAAGAGCCCCACUGACGGAAGUGGCGAGAUCCCUGAAAGUGCACCUGCCACAGACUUUGAGUGUAAACUAAUUGACGUCCCUGUCCCAAACAGUGAGGCACUAGGCAGUGACAGGUUAGCAGUGGAGCAGGUGGCUGCUCCUGAGAGGUGUGAAGGGAGUUCUAUUACUGGCAGUGAAGCAGCAGAUGAUGACCAGGAUGGAAAUGAGGAGUGUGAUCUCAGCUUGACCAAGGUUGAGGAACCCAGUGAAACAGAGGAUGGUGAAGAGGAGCCCUUGGCCGAGAAGGAAUGUGAAGAAGUGACUGUCAAAGAGGAAAGUAACGAGCCUGAGAUUGAGAGUGAUCAAGUACCCUUGGAAUGCAAUACCCCCAAAACUAGAUCCGGGAGGGCAACUAGAGGCCGUCGUUUCUCUGCAAGACGGAAGAAGUAAUUAAGGAUCUAAAUCUUCCUCUUUUACCAUGAUUGGGAUAAAUCUGGAUCUGUCACUGUUAGGUUCAUGGUGGACUGUCUAUGGUAAUGUAUUUUUCUUCCGUCAGUGAGGGAAGAAUAUCGUGCAAGUCCACUGCUGAUUAUAAACUGUAGUGUCCCAAUGCAGUACCUGUUCAAAAAUAUUUUACCACUUUCUUAUGAAUUAUAAAGUAGAGGCAACUUGGAUGCUCCAGAGAUUUUAGUAUUUUAACCUAGAGCAUUUGCCUUCAGUGUUUGCUUAUGGAAGUAACAUCACUGCAGUCUUUACUUUAUGUACUGCGGCUGGUAAUCCCAUGUGUUUGAACACUGUCCUUUCACUGCUGAUACCUGAACCUUGGGUAUUUUAAAACAAAGUAAUUCCUUGUGGGCUUGGAACCCUAUCUUAAUAAUUUUAAUUUUUAAAGCCUCCUUUCAAAUCAGCAGUUGCUUAUGGAAGACAUUGAGAUGUAGCAUGGCCAAGUAGGGAUGCUCCUGCUUGGUACCCUUUGCUAUUGAUUAUUGCAUUGCAAUACACUGCAACCUUGUCACUGAGUGUGAAGUAGAAAAUGGAAUCAUUUUGAUUAGGGGAUUUCACUUUAUUUAAACAUGAAAGCGCACCUCCACUUGCUGUAAGAUAGAAACUGAUUUUUCACACUGAGCAAUAAAACAUUAUCUGCACAAAGUGUGAGUUGCGCGCUUGCAUUGACAGAUGGUAGGAACAUAAUGUAGCCCACACUCUCAGACCUACCAAGGUUAUUGCACAAUUCCCAGUAUUAAUUCCAAAAUCACUCAUGGCUAACUCUCCUUUCUUCUUAAAGCCCUAGCCAGGAUGGGGGGAAUUGGAGACUGAGUAGGGUUUCUGAGGUGGGGAUCUUUAGUUAAACUAGCACGGUGGAAAGUAAGGGUUUGGGGAAAAGAAAGUUCCUUUGCUUGAGCCAAGAAUUGGGGUGACUCUUAUGCAUGGCUUGGAAUCAGUUGUGAUGGAUUAAAAUUAAACAGCUUAUGAGGAAAACAUUUUUGAGUCCCUUUUUCCAAGCAUCAGUUCCUGGUGCUACAUGAUGCCAUUAAAACAGGUGCAGUUCUUGCAUUCACAUCAGAUGCAUAGUGUGAUACUAUUCUCAGCUUCACUGACUAUUCAACCAAAAUAGCACUAUCUUUAAAAUCCAAAAGAAUUUGGGAUGUGGAUGAUAAUAGCAAAACCACAUUUAUUGUACAUCCCUAGGUAAUUUGAAGAUAUUGUUAGUGGGCUGCCCUCAGUCUUUCUAGAUGUGCCCUUACAAUGAGAGAAUUUCAGUACAUUGAAUUACUGGUAGCAAGGGAAGGCAGUAAAUAUCCAAAGCCCGAUUGUGCACCCUGGAUGUCGGUGUUCUUGUCUGUCUGAGGGAUCCCUUGUCCAGGCACUCUGCAUUUCUAGCAUAUUCAGUUAUAUUAAUAAAAUCUUCCUCUGGCUGAAGGAGACACUAAGACGUUGUUGGUGUAACUUUUAUUUGUGUGGGCUAACUGUAAUAGCGUGUAAUGGCAUGACUCUGUUGAGAUUGAAGUGUGAAAUUACAACAAUUCUGGCUCUUGCUGUUUGUAAUCCAGCAUGAUAUUUGGCCAGGUCUACUUUCCAGUCCUGGAACUGUGUAAUCUAGGUACGGGUUUGGGAGCAUAGUGGUUAAUGGUUGGUACAGGACUUAGCAAGAACUUUUGUGCUUUUUUUUGUCUCUUGGAACAGCCGUGCAAAUGCGAACAAAGUGCCACCCACUUUUCCAAGUAGCAUCACUAGUGUUUUGUUUUAAAUUUGAGUCUGUUUCACUCACUAUUCCAGGAAGUCUGUUUUGAAACCAUGCUGCCUCCAUUAACCUCCUCUUCAGAGAGACUCAUUUCAUGGUUUUGAAAUAACAGAACCAUAAAGUAUAAAGAAAUUACUUCUUUCUUGGGCUUGGUUUGGCUUGCAUGACUGUCCUUGAGCAUUGGCUGCUCUGCCACCCCAGUCCAGGGUUCUGUGUUCUGGUUUAAACUGCCCUUGGGUAAGGAAACAUAAAUAUCCCUGGCAGUACUUCAUUAGGUCUUUAAUGAUAGAACACAACUUAAUUUUACAACUAAGUAACCCCUAUGAGAGUGGCAGUUAAACCUCAUUUUGACUCAGGAUAGAGAUUGAGGGAAAGAGGUGAUUACAGGAGUAUGAGACAGUUUGUGUAAACUCCCACGUUCCUCUCACACACAUACAUACAUACACACGCACACCAUGUUGCAGGUCAGGCUAUUGGAGUUACCUAUGGCCCCAGAUAUUUGCACAGCACCCAGUAAGCAUACAUAGGAUGCUCUUAAUAGAAUAACGAAGUAUCAACCACAAUCAGGAUCAGGAGCAGACACAUCGGGCCUGUUUCAUUAUGCAAAAAGGUCAUGGUAGAUUUUCCACCUUACCUGGACUUUCCUGCUACAUUUCUUAGUAUCUAAAAAUCCAUCAACCCCUGUCUUUAAUGUACUCCAAGACUGAGCAUUUGGAGGCCUCUGCGAUAGAGUCGGGGCAGACUUGGAAUCUGGAACAUUAGAUUCUGCUACCAGGUACGCUGUCGGAGUUCAUACAGGACCCUUAGAAUGAAGAAUAUAAGAGCUGUGUAAAAAGAUUUGGGGGAUAAUUAUCACCAUUAUCUGUUUGACUUGUAUGAUUUGACAUAAAUAAUGCCAAAAAAACCAUGUGGGUUUCAGAAUUGACAGCAUACUCUGCACGGGAUUAUUCACGCUCUCCAAUGCUACUCUAUCCCCAAACUCUUAAUCUCUUUUGUGAAAGGGCCAUUUUCCUCCAUCACACAGCAGAUCUUUACUUCAACCAUCUGGGAGGGAUUAAAGCUGUUGAAAGCAAUAGUGUAUUUGUUUCAUCACACUAUAUGGUUCCCGGCAUUCCCCUUAAUAAUCUGAAUAGCAGUCUGUAAAGCCAGUAUAGACAUGUGAGCAUCUGCUAUUUUUGACUUUCAUAUCACUGCCUCAGAUUAGUCAUUUGAGAAUCUAGUGUCAUAAGCACUUAUGAAUGGAGGUGAUGAUCGUAGGCCCUAUCACUGGGUAUAAGUUAGGUUGCUACUACUUCAAAGAAGAAAAAGAGCAGAAUUCUUUAGCUAAACCCAGAAUUAAUAACGUGGAUCUUUUCAAAUGAAAGAAAAAUACUGUGGAUGCUGGAAUCUGAAACAAACAUGAAAAAUGCUGGAGAAACAUGUCAAGUUUUGCAGCAUCUGUGGAGUGAGAAGCAGAUAAUGUUGAGGCCAAAUGACUUACUUAAUUCUGAAGAAAUCAGACCAGACUCUAUGUUAAUUCACUUUCUUGCUUCCACAGAUGCUGCCAUACCUGCUGAGUUUCUGCAGCACUCUGUUUGUGUGGGUCUUUCCUGUGUAACUUUCUUCCCAAAUGGUCCCAGUAUUUCAAACCGAGGAGCCAUGUGAAGGAGAUCUGUUCAAAUGAGCCAUCCACUUCUCCACUAGGUGCUUGUUUACACCUCCGAGAUGAACUAAAACAAAGGUAAAAAGAUGGCGUCCUCUCCCAUGGAGAUCCGCUCGUCAUAACCAUCAAUAACGUUGAAGAGGUACUACCACUGUAGACAGUGAAGUGCGUAUACUCUCUUCACCUGUUUUACGCAUCCUUGACCAAGCUGAUACGUAAAAUGUCACAAUAAAUGUAUCAUCAGCAUUUAGCGCUCAAUUCCUUACAAAUCCCCGAAGAACACUAUUGGAAUUGUAGUAAAGGAAUAUUUUGGAUGGACAGUGUUCAGUGUAUUUAGAGUAAUGGGGUGUUUAAAUGCUACUUUUUUUUGAAGAUGGUUGUCCCUUUUACUGUUGAUUAAUUUUUUAAAGUCAUUUCAUGUUGUUUGUGAGUAAUGUUUUUCUUUAUUCUAAAUAAAAUACUGUUUUCAUUGUAA